CUCUCUCUCUCUUGCUCUCUCUCUGUGUAUGUGUGUGUUCCUCAUCCCUCAGGGGGUCUCCUGCACUGGACUCAGACCUCCUCAGAGACCUCAGCCUCCCUGGCAGUGGAGAUCAGCUCCUACGUUCUGCUGGCUUUCCUCAGUGCCUCCCCUCUGUCUACCACUGACCUGGGCUACGUCUCCCACAUCGUCAGGUGGCUGGUGAGGCAGCAGAACGCCUACGGAGGCUUCUCCUCCACACAGGACACAGUGGUGGCCCUCCAGGCCCUAGCUCUCUACUCCACCAGGGUGUUCAGUAGAGAGGGCACCAGCACAGUGACAGUACGGUCUCCCAGUGGGGGACAGCACCUCUUCAAUGUGAACCAAAACAACAAGCUUCUCUACCAGGAGAGGGCGCUGCAGGACACAGAAGGAAAGUACAACGUGGAAGUGAAGGGCAGUGCUUGUGCCUCAGUGCAGAUGGCGCUCCACUACAACAUCCCUACUCCUACUGACAGCACAACGCUCAGCAUCAAGGUGAAGACAGAGGUCGACUGCAACAGCAACUCUUUGAGACCCAGAGUCACACUGAAACUCCAGUCUCAAUAUCAUGGAAAGGAGCUGACCACCAAUAUGAUUAUAGUGGAUUUGAAAAUGUUGUCUGGGUUUGCCCCAGACCCAGAGUCUUUGGGGAGGCUGAGGAGUUCACUUCAAGUGAAUCGUGUUGAUACUAAAGAUGACCAUGUGUUAAUGUACUUGACAGAGUUGAGACCAAAACAAAAUCAUAAAUUCUAUCAACUCUUAUGGCAACAUAUGUCCAUUGGUUUGUCCAAAUUGCUCAAGAUCAGUAAAUUUGGUUAGGAAUCAUUGAUCGACAGCAAUAUUCAAACCUUUGAUUUUCACAUUUUAGACCACUCAGGAACACUCUCAACACCUCUUGGUAAGCAAUUCUGGUCUUAGGCAUAAACAUUUGUUUAAUUGUCCGUCUGAAA